GGUGCGUUUCCAUGUUUGGGGAUUGUUGGGAUUGUUGUGAUGGGGGAGGCCGCAGCCAUCUUGGAUCAGCGCCGCUCCACACCGAGCAGCAGGAGAGGACGGGCGACGUUAACGGGAGAGACCAGCUAGCUGUGUGAACGUCAGCUUGCUCGGGCAGAUUUAACAACAAAUCUGUGUUGCUGAACAUGUCUUUGGACUCGCGGUGUUUAUCGCUCUUAAAUUGCGCUUCGAGUGCGUAAGAAAUGGGUACAAAGUGCGCCGAGUGGUUAACGUUAUAAAUCCGGAGAGAGGGCGGGCGACAGAUCCUCGGUAUAUCUUUUAACAUUUCUUGAAUAGAGGAGUUACUAUGAAUGGAGGAUAAAUGUUGCCAAAGGCUGACAGCAGCAGUUUCGUGCUCUUCUCUCUUCUCUUCGUCCUCACGGUAACGGACCCACCACGGACAGGUCCACGGGUAGCUCUGGCAAGAUUAUUGUCAGAGCAGCGCUGCAGCCCCGGGCAGUUCGCCUGCCGCAGUGGGAAGAUGCAGUGUAUCCCGAUGUCCUGGCAGUGUGACGGCUGGACAGCGUGCGAGGACAAGAGUGAUGAGAUGGACUGUCCUCCUAUCAAGGAGGAGAGGUUUCGUUUUGGUAACGGAUAUGACCAGGUAGAAGACGUCAUAGGUGUGGCUCAGCCUGUGCGCUUCAACAAGAAAUGCCCCAGUGGGUGGCACCACUACGAGAAGACAGCCAGCUGCUACAAAGUGUACCUGAGGAAUGAGAAUUACUGGCAGGCCGUGGAUACUUGUCAGAAAGUCAACGGCUCUUUGGCCACAUUUGGUACCAACGAGGAGCUGCAGUUCAUACUGAAGAUCGAGGUUGAUUUUGAUGACAAAGUCUGUGAGCGCAGAGACCAGUGCAAGUUUUGGGUGGGGUACCAGUAUGUGAUCACCAAUCAGAACAACUCCCUGGAGGGCCGCUGGGAGGUGGCAUACAAAGGGUCGAUGCAGGUGUUUCUGCCACCUGAGGGUCUAACCAAUUUUGGGGAGGCGUCUCCCACUCAAGACAACGUCUUCUGUGCCCAGCUGCAGCGCUUUCAAAUUAAAAGCAUGAAUGAACGAGGCCUGCACAGCUGGCACGCUGAGAACUGUUAUAAGAAGUUUCCCUUUCUCUGCAAGAGGAGGCAAACGUGUGUGGAUAUUAAAGAUAACGUCGUAAACGAGGGCUACUACUUCACGCCUAAGGGUGACGACCCGUGUCUGAGCUGCACAUGUCACGACGGGGAGCCUGAGAUGUGUGUGGCAGCUCUGUGUGAGCGUCCGCAGGGCUGCCAGCACUUCCGCAAGGAUCCUAAAGAGUGCUGCAAGUUCACCUGCCUGGACCCAGAUGGCAACAGUCUGUUCGACUCUAUGGCAAGCGGGAUGAGGCUGAUCGUCAGCUGCAUCUCAUCCUUCCUCAUCCUCUCGCUGCUGCUCUUCAUGGUGCACAGACCGCAGCGGAGACGUGAACGCAUCGAAACUCUGAUUGGAGGAAACUUGCACCACUUUAACCUUGGAAGACGAGUCCCAGGCUUUGACUACGGCCCGGAUGCCUUUGGCACAGGCCUCACUCCCCUGCAUCUCUCUGAUGACGGAGAGGGAGGCGCUUUCCAUUUCCAAGAGCCUCCCCCACCGUAUGCAGCCUACAAAUACCCCGACAUCCAGCACCCUGACGACCCCCCUCCUCCAUACGAAGCCUCCAUCAACCCAGACAGCUUACUCUACGUGGACCUAGGACACAGUGGUGUUGCCUUGGUGCCAAGCCAGAUGAACACUAUGGUAGACGGGAUGCAUGCCGAUAUUCCCAACGCCUCCCGUCCUGUGUCAAACAUGGCACCAUCAUCUCAGGAGAGGGAGGACUCCAUAGAUAGCAGCACCCUCCUUGUGGGGCCCGACACCCCAACAGAUGGCCUCGUACCCGCCUCCAUGCCAGCAGACACCUCCCUCAGCACCGUGGUAUAGGACUGUGGACUGACGAUACAGAGCUGCAUCGAGACAUUACCUGCUGGUCGAGGAAGCCAGUGUGUGCACUCUGCAGCAGGAGAGGAUGCAGCAGUCUGUUGUGUAGUUAAAGUUUGUACAGACAUAUCAGAGGCAGCACAUUUUUUUAGAAGAUGCAACAAAGCCAGGACGCCCUCUCUCUGGAGAAUCUUCUACAGUCGGCCUUCUGAGAGUUUGUUUUUUUUAAUGCUUCUGAAGGAGCAAAGAGGACCGUUUCUGUACAGAGAAAGUAAAACUAUAUCCAGGCAAAGAAGGCUGCGACCUUACUAUUCACUUAGGGAAGCUUUUGAAACAUCUCAGAGGUGUUCUGAUUGGUCGGGAAGCCCUGAUGUAAAUACCCCUCAGGUCUGUGCGGCUCAAAUUUGUUAUACCUGUGUGUCAGAGUCCAGCACAAGGCAAAGAAUGAUGGACGGACAGCGAAGCCAGCAAUUGUUCCCUUUGCGUCUUUCAGACGGAUCGGAAUGAUCGCCAGGCUUCAAUAAUGUUUUCAUCCAAUCUGUCUCUCGGCAUGUCCCAGAUCACGAUUUCUACUCACUCAUAAAAAAACCUCCUGUCCCUUCACUUUCUUAUGAGUCUGUUUCAUGAAGCGGUCUUCCAGGUUUAUAGCGCAUAUUUGAAGCAAAAGCUGUUUUGUAAUAAAGAGGUUUAACCUUACAAGAAGGUACAGUUAGUUUCCUACUGCAGGAUUUUUACUAGGUAAUGAGAACACAAGGCAUUGUGUGUCAAGGAUUGUGGUGGUACUUAUAAAUAUCGGAGUCUGGUAUUGUGUUCUUUAUGAUUAUAAUGUAUGACUGCAGGCUGUAAUCUUGAUAGUUUUAUUGUCCACUGAUCAGUGAGCAAGCGCGAUUAAGUGCAUGUGUGAAGAUUAGGGGUUGAUAUCCCGCUAAUGAAUUUGACAAAAAUCAAUUUAUUUACAGAAGUGUUAACAAUCAUGAAGUUGUUGAAUCAUGCAAACAGUCCCGUUGUUGUUGCUUUAUCAUUAACUCUCCGCAGGAUAGUUGUGUAUUUGCUAACUGAACCAUGUUUAGUGACUCAAAGCUCAAUGUUUUGCACGUUCAUCUCUUUAUUAAUUCAGGGUUUUUCUUCUUUUUUUUUUUUUUUUUUUUGAACUUUUGGAGAUUAAUCUGUCAGGUGUAACGUUUGGAUGCUGCCCCUCCAUCCCUGAUGUGCUUAUAUGUACGAUUGUGUUUCCUCAGCUACUGAUGAAGAUAAUGUCGCUGACUGUAGCUGUGAGUCUUUUUCCUGUUUGGUGUUGUUGAUGGGUCUGUUACUGUUCUGUUUAUCAGUGGGUUCGCAGUAAAAAAAAAAAAAAAAAAAAAAAAA